AAAGCGCUAUAAAAGCUUCGACAAUCAACAUCGACCUGGCCAGUGGAUUUACAUCGUUCUGUGGUGGCUCAAUCCCGCGUGUAUCCCGCUCGGUAGCUGAAGUUUGGUUUGGUUUGGGUGCAACCAGUGUGAAGAGCAGAGGCAGUGCAAAGGCAAUCGAAUCGAACAAGUGCAGUUCGCACAUGCAGCCCGAGUGAUCGAUGCCACCGUUUGUUUUAUUAUUUAUUUAAAUAGUUUGCCAAAAGCUUGUUUGCUGCAUAAAAGUAGUGUGCGUGUCGCUGUAUAUUCUUCUAUCGGUGCUUCGGUGUUCUCCGGUGUGACGUUACACCCUCACGCUCACGUCCUUCCGUUACGGUUCAACCGCUCAGCGCGCUUAAAAAUGGAUAAAAUAGCAAAGCUAAUUUUCCUUUUUUCAGUCGCAAUCACGAUGGCCCUGGUGAUGGGCAACAAGGAUGACGAUCCGCUAAGAAAUCUGUUCGGCGGCACGAACGUAUGGGGACCGCUGAUGAAAUGGAACCGGGCGCCUUCGAACGAUGUUGCCGCCGACGGUAGCAUCAACCCGGAGUACGGCGAGUACGACCAGCAGGACAUGGACGAAGCCGGACAACCGAUUGUGGUGAAGCGAUCGCACACCCGGCAGCCGGUUUGCGAGGUCCUGCUGAACAUUGUGUACGUCGGCAACGGUACCGAUGGGUACGAGUAUCGACCGAAUCACUAUGUCACCGAGUCAUGCCUUAGCUCGUACAACAACUAUCAGAAUAAGUGUACCGAGACCGGUCUGUCCUGCACUCAGAUUCGGCAGAAGAUCUACAUCACCCGUCGCAAGGUGGCCGGAUCGGAGAACAAAGCCGUCAACUGCUGGGAGCAUGUGGCUCUCAAAGAGAUCGAUGCCGGCUGUGAGUGCAUGUGGCCAAAGGAGCAGAUCGGUGACAAGCAUUCCUACCGGUUGGGCAAAUAACAGCACGGCGGCAGUGAACAGUUCUGGCGAGCGACACGAACAAUUAUGCUACAGCCCCGUACCGGUGGACGCCACCAACCGCCCGGAUAGCCUGGCCGUGCCUGGAGGACACUCCCCACCCACCCUCCCGCCUCCCGUCGAGCACUGAUUAAUGUGUAAAAUGAGCCCUUUUACGUGUUUAUCGCCCGUCCGACGAGUAUUUGUACUCUGUACAUACCCACCAUGCAGAUGCUGCGUACGAGCUACUACUCUGUAUUAUGCCGCCGGUCCCAAAUAUUGCCGAAUCCCUAUCGAAAAUCGGUGACCAGCCCCGACCGUGUGUGUGUCCGUGUGUGUGUGUGUGUGUGUGUGAUGGUGAUGGUUUUCCCAAUUCUUGCACACGCUUCUAUGGUAAUCGUGCACCGCGCAUCUCGUAAGCUUAACGUAGCCACUGUAACAAGUGUAUAAGUAUUAUUAACACUAUUGUCGUACCUAUUUAUUGUAAGAAACACAAACCCAAAGAAUCUUAAUAAACACAUCAUACCCGA